AAAGUUUAGAAUGUAGAUAUAUUUGUAUGUUUAAAAUAAAAAAGUAGUAAUAGUAUAGUUUUGAACGGAAUUGAAGUUGUUGUGAUGAGAAGUUGUGGGUUGUAUUGCAAUCUAUAUAUAGCAAAAUGGAAAGAGAGAAGCGAGCGAUAUGUACGGAAAUAAACAAGCCUAAGACUGAGCUUCGUUUCCGACAAACUCAGCUCGAUCUUCUCCUUAUCCUUCUUCUUCCUCCUCCUUCCAAAUUGCUCCACAAUUCGAUCAUCGCCGCAUGCAUACUCUUCUUUUUUGAUCCAUUUUCGGCUAUGGCAUGUGAAAGAGCCUCCAUUGUUGUUAUUAAUCCAUAGGUUGAACUUGAACGGUGAAAUCAAUUCAUGGUUCGAUCCAAACAAGUUUGUGUCACUGCUUAGAUAACGCAGAGAUGGUUGCCUUCGGGAAAAGGUUGAAAGAAAGACAACUUGAAGAAUGGCAAGGAUAUUACAUAAAUUACAAACAAAUGAAGAAACGAGUAAAACAGUAUGCUCAACAAAUAGAACUCGGAACACUAGAUAGACGACAUGUACUAAAGGAUUUCUCAAGGAUGCUGGAUAAUCAGAUUGAGAAGAUUGUCCUUUUCCUUCUGGAACAGCAAGGAGUUUUGGCAAGCAGGAUCGCAAAGCUUGGAGAGGAGCAGGAUGCUGUUCAGCCGGAGCCUGAGUUACAAAAAAUAGCCAAACUACGCGAAGAUUAUAGAGCAGUGGGGCAAGAUUUAUUGAAGCUUUUCUCUUUUGUAGAGAUCAAUGCUAUUGGUCUGCGCAAGAUAUUGAAGAAGUUUGAUAAACGUUUUGGCUAUCGAUUCACCGAUUACUAUGUCAAAACUCGUGCUAACCAUCCUUACUCUCAGCUGCAGCAAGUUUUCAAGCAUGUGGGAUUUGGAGCUGUUGUGGGAGCCUUAUCUCGCAAUCUCCAUGAUCUUCAAGACCGCCACGGCAGCUACUUAUCAAUUUAUGAUCAGCCUACUCUUCCCCUUCAGGAUCCUGUCAUUGAUUCAAUAAGAGCAGCCGUUGACAGGUUAACCAACUCAACUAACUUUCUUAACUUUCUGGGUCAACAUGCACUCAUUAUGCAAGAGGAGCUGCCUGCACAUACUGAUGAGCCUAUCGAUGAUCAAAAAUAUCAUUUUAUGUCUCUUAUUCUGAACCUGGCUAAUACAUUUUUGUAUAUGGUGAACACAUAUAUCAUCGUCCCAACGGCAGAUGAUUACUCUGAGAGUCUUGGGGCUGCACCAACAGUUUGCGGUAUUGUGAUUGGAGCAAUGGCUGUUGCGCAGGUGUUUUCUUCCGUGUAUUUCAGUGCGUGGUCAAAUAAGUCCUACUUCAGACCACUUAUAUUCAGUAGCAUCACCCUUUUUCUCGGAAAUGCCCUGUAUGCAUUGGCAUAUGACCUUAAUUCAAUAUGGAUCCUCUUACUUGGUCGUCUUUGCUGUGGGUUAGGUUCUGCCAGAGCCGUUAACAGACGUUACAUCAGUGACUGCGUGCCCUUAAAAAUUCGUUUGCAAGCAUCAGCAGGUUUUGUUAGUGCGAGUGCUCUUGGAAUGGCUUGUGGUCCUGCAUUGGCUGGGUUACUGCAAAUAAAUUUUAAGAUCUACAAGAUCACAUUCAACCAAGAUACCUUGCCCGGGUGGGUCAUGGCUGCUGGCUGGCUCAUGUAUCUAAUAUGGUUGUCGUUCAGUUUUAAGGAACCUUCUCAUGAUAUUGAAGAGAAUCAUAAACCACGUAAAUCCAAUGCUGCAGAAAGCAGUGCACUUGAAAAAGGCCAAAAACAACCAUUGCUGGUUAGUUCAGAAAACAAAGCAGAUGAAGAAGCUCCGGAGGAUUGUGAUGGUAGUGAAGAAGCUCCACAGGAAUCGCGUAAACCAGCAAAUUCAAUUGGAUCAGCAUAUAGACUCCUUACUCCUUCUGUAAAGGUUCAGCUAUUGAUAUAUUUCAUGCUCAAAUAUGCAAUGGAGAUUUUGCUAUCAGAAUCUAGUGUCAUCACAACAUACUAUUUCAGCUGGUCAACGAGCACAGUCGCCAUUUUUCUUGCAUGCCUCGGCCUGACAGUUCUUCCUGUAAACAUUGUUGUUGGAAACUAUAUAAGCAAUAUGUUUGAGGACAGGCAAAUCCUGUUGGCAUCAGAAAUUAUGGUUUUCAUAGGCAUAAUCUGCAGCUUCAACUUGUUUUUUCCAUAUUCUGAGCCACAAUACAUCUGUUCAGGUCUGCUGAUGUUUGUUUCUGCUGAAGUACUUGAAGGGGUUAACUUGUCACUCCUUUCAAGAGUGAUGUCAUCGAGGCUUUCACGAGGAACCUACAAUGGAGGGCUCCUUUCAACGGAGGCCGGCACAAUCGCAAGAGUGAUAGCUGAUGCAACCAUCACACUGGCUGGCUACGUGGGUGUCAGCAGGCUCCUAAAUAUAACCCUUCUUCCUUCCCUCUUCAUUUGCAUAGCUUCCAUCUUAGCAACAUUCUACACUUAUAAUUCCUUAUAUUGAUUUUGCUGCCUGGAUCGAUGCCUUCCAAGGAGAGGAUUUGAUUUUUAAAACAAUUCACCUCCUUGUCAUUCUUGAAUGUUUUCAUGCAGUUCUUUCUAAUUUCUUUUGAUCUAGCUAUCAAGGUCCUUUAAUUUGGGCUACACAAAUCUUAGAUGUUAUUCAUGUAGGUUGGCCAAUUGUAAAUUUUUAGCUGAAUGUUCCUCAAACUAACACAAAUGGAUUUUCGUCUUUCAGUUUUUCUUGGGUUUUUUUAGCGGAGAAAACCUUGUCGCCAAGGAGUACCAAAAUAUUUUCAUGGUUUCUUUGUGCCGCUGAUGCACUUACCAAAUAACUUCAUUAGCCAAUAGUAAAAGAAAACGAUUAUUUCUUCUGAGACAGUUACUAGCUACUAGCUAGUAGCUAGCUAUAUAUGUGCACUAUGCACAUCAAGGUGGUGGUUGGUUCCUUUUUUUAUUUUAAUUUUAAUUGGUUUGGAUUUAUUAUUAAGUAUAUAUAUUGUAUUGUGUAUACAAACGUCAUGUUAGUUGGGCUUCAGUUUUACUUGUCGAACUACUGUCAUCUAUGACCAUUGUAAAAAUUCGUUGAAUUAAUUAAGCUUGUAAAUAUCAUCAACC